AUGAAACGUGAAACGGAUCAUCAGAUAUCCGAUCCACGUCAUCCAGCAUUGAUUCGUUUUGGUGGUUAUCGUAGUAAAUGGUUACAAGAUUUUAAUCGAUGUCCACGUGUUCUUCAACAUUUAUCAAAUAUAACUGGUGAUGUUGAACUUAUACCAAAAACUUUACAAUCAAAUUAUAGUCAUACAAAUAUUGGAUAUGCAAAAUAUGACUACUGUUGA